GUCGCGAUCUUGUUCCUAGCACGGCUCUACACCCUUCUCACAGUGACAAGGGCUGCCAAGCGUGGCGGGCGCCGUCGCCCCGCAGACAGCACCUGCAGCCUCGCCGUCUUCCUCGGCUCAGGAGGACAUACGAGCGAGGCGCUAUGCCUUCUAUCGGCGCUGGAUUUCUCCCGCUAUUUCCCGCGCACUUACUUUAUCAGCGAGGGGGAUUCGCUCAGCAUGCGAAAGGCCCUCGAACUGGAAGCACUUAAAGCCGCCGACGCGCAGGGGAGCCCCCGAUCCACGCCUUAUACAUUCGUGGUGAUUCCGAGGGCUCGGCAUGUGCACCAGUCGCUCCUCACCACCCCAGCCACCGCGGCGGUCUCCCUCGCUGCCGCCGUAUGGCACCUCACGAUAGCCCCUUCGGUCCAUGGCACACCGAUCUCCGAGGUACUCCUACUGAACGGGCCCGGGACCUGCUUCGUCCUAUGUAUCGCGGCGUAUCUGAACCGUAUUUGCGCACUGAGCUCCCCGACGCUGAUCUACGUCGAAUCCUUCGCUCGGGUUCGGCGACUCUCCCUGUCCGGAAAGCUGUUGAGACGGCUUGUAGAUAGAUUUAUCGUGCAAUGGCCAGACCUUGCGCGAGAUGACAAAGGUGCCGAAUAUCGAGGUUGGCUGGUAUAG